GGGAGGCAGCGCCUGGACGGCUUCGCUUUCCCCCUCUCUCUUGCUAUGUGCUGGUUGUGCUGCACCCUCCCUUUGGUGAUGCUUCUGAGUCUAAGUGUGAGCCCCGGAACCCCCAGCACAGUGAAUCCAUGCUGCUAUUUCCCAUGCCAACACAAAGGGAUAUGUGUCCGAGUCGGCAUGGAAGGGUAUGAAUGUGACUGCACCCGGACUGGCUAUUUUGGCACGAACUGCACUUUGCCGGAGUUCUGGACGAGGUUGCACAGAGCCCUGAAACCAAGCCCCAGUUUCUAUCACUUCAUCCUGACCCACUUCCGAUGGUUUUGGAACAUCAUCAACAGCACGUUCAUCCGGGACACGCUGAUGCGGUUGGUGCUGAUAAUCCGUGCCAAUCUAAUUCCCAGCCCACCCACCUACAAUUCUGCUUAUGGGUACAUCAGCUGGGAGUCCUAUGCCAACGUGAGCUACUUCACUCGUGUCCUCCCACCAGUGCCCAAUGACUGCCCCACUCCCAUGGGAACCAAAGGUCCAGUGUGGCUCCCUGAUCCAGAGCUGGUGGCGGAGCGGUUUUUCCUGCGCAGGACGUUCCAGCCUGACCCUCUGGGGACGAACUUGAUGUUUGCUUUUUUUGCCCAGCACUUCACGCACCAGUUCUUCAAGACAUCGGGCAAGAUGGGCCACGGUUUCACCCGGGCUCUGGGGCAUGGGGUGGAUCUCGGGCACAUAUAUGGGGACAAUUUGGAGCGCCAGCACGAACUCAGACUCUUCCAGGAUGGGAAGCUGAAGUACCAGAUGGUUAAUGGGGAAAUGUAUCCACCUACGGUGCUGGAAGCUCCAGUGCACAUGAUCUAUCCAAAGCACAUCCCCCCGGAGAAGCGUCUUGCCGUGGGCCAAGAGGUCUUUGGCCUGCUCCCUGGCCUUAUGAUGUAUGCCACCGUCUGGCUGCGCGAGCAUAACCGCGUCUGUGACAUACUGAAGCAGGAGCACCCGACCUGGGAUGACGAGCAGCUGUUCCAGACCACAAGGCUCAUCCUCAUUGGCGAGACCAUCAAAAUUGUGAUUGAAGACUACGUCCAGCAUCUCAGUGGCUACUACUUGCAUCUGAAGUUCGAUCCAGAGCUCCUCUUUGGGGCGCAGUUCCAAUAUCGGAACCGCAUUGCUGUGGAAUUCAACCAGCUCUACCACUGGCACCCGCUGAUGCCAGACAGCUUUGCCAUCGAGGACAAGGAGUACAGCUAUGACCAGUUUGUCUACAACACCACCAUGCUGACAGACUACGGCGUGGAGGCCCUUGUUGAGGCUUUCUCCAGACAGCGAGCUGGGCAGAUCGGAGGGGGGCGGAAUAUCCACAGUCAGCUUCUGAAAGUGGCCAUCGGAGUCAUUGAAGAAUCGCGCCUGCUCCGUCUCCAGCCCUUCAACGAAUACCGGAAGAAGUUUGGCAUGAAGCCCUACAUGUCCUUCCAGGAACUCACAGGGGAGGAGGAGAUGGCAGCUGAGCUGGAGGAGCUGUAUGGGGACAUCGACGCCAUGGAGUUCUACCCUGGCUUGCUGGUGGAGAAGAGGCAGCCCAAAGCCAUUUUUGGCGAGAGCAUGGUGGAGAUUGGGGCCCCCUUCUCCUUGAAAGGGCUCCUUGGGAAUCCCAUCUGCUCUCCGGAGUACUGGAAGCCCAGUACGUUUGGUGGUGCCACUGGCUUUGAGUUGGUGAACACGGCAUCGCUCCAGAAACUGGUGUGUCAGAAUGUGAAGAAGUGCCCAUACGUGGCUUUCAAGAUACCAGGAUGGGAUGGGGAGGGACCGGCAGAGGCAGCAGGCAGCAACUCCGGUGAGAAGAAGCCGUCUUCUGAGCUAUAA